AUGUCGCUGCCGGUCUCUGACGAGUAUGCCCUGGCAUUGGGAGCUGCAUUCCUCACAGCUCUGGACCAGGCCAUGCCGCAGCAGUCGCAACGCGAGGCAUGGAGAUUGGCACACUUGACUCGAUGGCUGCGAGUUACUGUUGCCUGCUAUGACUUCCGACGCUUUGUCGGCCCCUUCCAGAGUCGGCAGGACCUGCAUGUACUCACUUUAGCUACGGCUGUCCUCAGCUGCGUGGAAGCCAGUGACACUCGAAUGGUUGAACUGGGCCAGUGGGCUUCGCCGUCCGUGGUGGUCAUGCAGCAACACAUGUGCUUCAGGGCCCAGAUCCGCAUGUGCUGCUACCUUCCUCUCUUGCAGCACACCACUGGACUUCGUGAGCUCUUCAUGCCCUGGGGGGCCCUACUCGACGACUAUGCCCUUUUGAUCGCAGGCAUUCUAGCAGAACCACGUUCCGUGGCUGACCGUCUCUGA